UAAUCAAAUUACAAGUUCGUCCGUGCGCUUAUCUUUAUUUUUGUAAAAUUGUUAUACUAAAUUAUUAGAAUUAUGGAUGAAAACAAGGACUUUGACCCCUUGGAGCCUUCUCUGAAAAAUGUUAUUGAGCAAAAAUCCCUUCGUUGGAUCUUUGUAGGAGGGAAGGGAGGUGUUGGAAAAACUACAUGCAGUUGUAGUUUGGCUGUCCAGCUGUCUAAAGUUCGAGAAUCCGUUCUUAUAAUAUCUACUGAUCCUGCGCACAAUAUAUCUGAUGCAUUCGACCAAAAAUUUUCAAAGGUACCAACAAAAGUCAAGGGUUUUGACAACCUAUUUGCAAUGGAAAUUGACCCUAAUGUAGGUUUAACUGAACUACCGGAAGAGUAUUUUGAGGGUGAAGCUGAAGCAAUGAGGCUUGGCAAAGGUGUAAUGCAAGAAAUUGUUGGAGCAUUCCCUGGUAUUGAUGAAGCUAUGAGCUAUGCUGAAGUCAUGAAACUUGUGAAAGGCAUGAAUUUCAGUGCAGUUGUUUUUGACACAGCACCCACUGGUCAUACUUUGCGCUUGCUGUCGUUUCCACAAGUAGUGGAACGUGGCCUUGGCAAGUUGAUGCGUCUUAAAUCGAAGGUUGCACCUUUCAUAAACCAAGUAGCGACAUUGUUUGGUCUUGCCGAAUUCAACUCUGACAUGUUUAGCAACAAAAUGGAUGAGAUGCUCUCUGUCAUCAGACAAGUAAACGCACAAUUCAAAGACCCAAAUCAGACAACCUUCGUAUGCGUUUGCAUUGCGGAAUUUCUUUCCCUCUACGAGACUGAACGUCUAGUUCAAGAGCUAACAAGGUGCGGUAUAGACACACACAAUAUCAUCGUAAAUCAACUUUUAUUAAGAACAUCGGCGCCGUGUGAACUAUGCGCGGCACGACAUAAGGUUCAAGAAAAAUAUUUAGAACAAAUCGCAGACUUGUAUGAAGAUUUCCAUGUAACCAAAUUGCCACUUCUCGAUAAGGAAGUCCGAGGUGCAGCAGCUGUAAAUGCAUUUUCCGAAUACCUUAUCAAGCCAUAUGAACCUCCAGCGUCCUCUACAUGAAAAUAUAUUAGAAUUAUUACAAUCUGCUCUCGGUAUAAGAAUGCAUUGGGUUUUAUUAUUGUAUCAGUGUAACUACUUACUUAAUUUCCUACCAAAUAUUUACGUGUAAAGGGUGCUAUUGGUCACAAAUGACAUUUUUAAAUAUUGCUUUUCAAUAACCGAGAUUCAUUUUUUUAAGCAUCCCAGUACCAAUCAUUGUAUUAUAAUUCCAUAGAUUGUAUAUUAUUCAAAGUAAUAUAAAUAAAUGUAUUAUAACUAAUGUAU